GUUUGGUUUAAAAAUCGUCGAGCGAAAUGCAGGCAGCAACUCCAGCAACAACAAAGCAGUUCCAUCAAAUCAUCAUCUGGGAACACGAAUUCAUCAUCAACGAGACACCAGUCACAAAACUCUCAAAAUCCAAUGGCCAAUCUUCAUCUUCCGCUCCAUCAAAGACUGGACAGCAGCAGCAGCACGCAAACACUUCGUCGCCUGGUCUAUACCGAUUACCCCAUCGACGAGUGUUAGUCCACCCGUAAAUGUUAUUUGUAAAAAGGAAUCAUCGACAGGGGGAGGUGGUCUGACACCACUUACAUACGAUCAUCCGCAUCAUCAUCAUAACUCUCAUAAUAACAAACAUCUGUUACCGACAUUAGGCUACAACGAAAAAGACCCACAAUCCCAACACCAGCAAGAUCACACGGGGAACAAUGGAUCUUUGGCCUACAAUCGACUAGCGGCUGGAAAUUUGACGCCUCUUGGUUCUAACUCUAGCGUUAUGACGACACCAUCACCUCCUAUGACGCCGACUGUGAAUACAAAUAGUUUACCUUACACGCCGAAUCACGAUUAUAAUUUCCAUUGGCAUUCUGGUGACUACAUAAAGAAUUACGGCCACCAUGCGUCCAAUUAUCCGUCGGCCGGUACUAACGCCCAGAGCCCGUAUUAUGGCCAAAUGGAGUAUUUUAAUGCUGUCAGUGGUGGCCAAAGUAUGGGCCCGAUGGGUUCCUACAACGCGGCCGUUCAACCUAGCGGUGGUUACGGUAGUGGUAAUUUCGGCUUGAGUGGUGUUCCCAGUAUGGGAGCCGCGCAAGGUUUCAGCCCAUCGGGACUCGAAUAUAUGGCGAGUACAGGUGCUACCGAUAAAUAUGGUAUGAAUAUGGUGUAG